UAUGUUGGUAUGUCAUAGAGGAGGCCAUGGCUCCUGCUGGAGAUACACCCAUUCAGAGUCGAAGGAUUGCAGGGUGAACUAGGAGAAAAGGAAGUGAUGGGGUGGCAGGGGAAUAGGUUUUGUGGUUAGGGCUCCGUGCAACUACAAACAAGCACCCACCUGUGAGACGCCUAAUCCCUUGAUCAGAUACUGAUUGGCUUUGGAUCAAGAGAUCCUUGUCCAUUUGUCCUGAAAUGACAAGCUGUCAGCAGGAGAACAUCUAUAGUGCAUGCUGCAUAGUAACAUGCCAGCUCAUCACUGGGUUAACCCCAGCAGCGGUCAGCUAAGACCCUUGAAUAGCCAUUACUUGGUCAUAAGGAUCUCGAUUGGCUGGACAGGAUUGGCUGAAUGGGAGAGUUGACCGUGGGCCUUCCUGCACUUAAUUCUCCAUCUAAUGAGGUGCCCUUCCUGCCUCCAAAAUCGCCGACAUCAACAGCGGAGGAUUUGCCCCACAUGUUCAAAAUGAAGAGAAUCCUCCAAUUGCCAGACACUUUUAACUUAGAUCAUUACCUGUUCAAUCCCUAAAAACUAAAGAACUUACUUGCAAACAAUCAAAGUCCCUUUUCUCUCCAAAGUCAUUGAAAAUGUUAUCACCUCCCAAAUCCAUUCCCAUUUAUUCUGGAAUUUUCUUAAAACACAUAACAGUCAAUAAAUUACCAGGAUCUGAUCAAGUGUAUCCCAAGAAAUUGUGUGAAUCUAACAAAGAAACUGUGGGGUCCCUCGCUGACAUAUUUGUAUCAUUAGCAGAAAUGGGGAAGGUACCAGAAGACUGCAGGGUGGCUAAUGUUGUGCAAUUAUUUAAGAAGGGCUGUAAGCAAAGACCUGGGAAAUACAGAGCGGUGUGCCUAACAUCUGUGGUGCGUAGGUUGAUUGAGGGGAUUCUGCGAGACAGAUCUACAUGCAUUUUGAAAGGCAAGGACAGAUUAGGGAUAGUCAGCAGGACAUUGUCAGUGGGAAAUCAUGUCUCAGAAAUUUUAUUGAGUUUCUUUUGAAUAGUAUCCAAGAAGCUAGAUGAAAGUAAAGUUGCAGACAUUGAGAAAGGUGUUGAAUCACUGUAAUCCUCCUGGUAUUUUUCCUUCUAAGUUACAUUUGUGCCUAAUCAUCAAUGGCUGACUGUAGAGAAAUGCAGUGUAUUCCAUUGAAAAACAAAACCUCAGCAAAGAAGAUCCAUUGGGACUCACCUCAGGAAGGUAAGAUAAUGUAGAGACUGGAACGAGGUCAGCCGGGUGGACCUCAUAGAUUAUGAGUUUUCUGAUUGGGGGAUCCAAUCAGGGAGUCCUGGCUGACAUAUAAACAGAGGUGCUGUUCACUCAGAGAAGCUGGCUCUGAGGAAGCAGAACAAGUGUCAAGAUCUAUGCACAUGUAAGAAAAGGGUGAUUUUGGUGACAGGAUACCAGCCUCUGUGGAAUUGCUUCAUUGGCAAUGAGGUUGGGAUUAAUGAUGUAACCAUGCAAAAGCACCUACUAGCUGAAGCCCAACUUCAAACAGGGAGUACAACUGGCUUUAUCAUUGGAAAAUGCAGCCAGUGGAGCACAAGUCACAGGUAUGCCGAUGGAUGUGGACUCCCUGACCAAGCUGACUGAGCUUGGGGGACACCACCUGAGUGAAGGCAAUUGCAUAGCCUCACUCGUGACAUACUCUGAACAGAGGGACCCUUGGUCAGCCCACAGCAAAACCCCAAAACAAAGCCAGCAUUGGUCAAACGGUUAAAGUUUUCUUCAGGAACUGGGCCGGCAAGCCAUUGUACUUGCUACUGGUAUGUGGAUCCUAGAAGGAAAAGAGUCACACUCAUCCUGAAUUGAGUAAGAGAACUCAUUGGGUAGUGUCCAGGAGAAUGCACACCCUGGAAAGCCCUCCUAAAUCUGCUUUGGAACAGUUAAAUUGCUUGGCAACAUUCAAAUCAGAACCAAUCAAAAUAGGCAUCUGGUUAAAUGGUCUUCCGGUUCCAAUGGAGGUUAGUAGCAUUGUGGCUGUAUCAGUGAUUACAGAAUCAGUCUUUAAUAAGAUUCAUUCUAGACUCCAACCCUCGUGCUUGCAUAAGACCUUGGUUAGACGGAGAACCUGUACCAGGGAAACUUGGCAGACUUUGGUUCUGAGGAGCAGCAGUUACCACUGAUUGUAGUAAAAGGCUUGGGCCAAAGCCUGAUGGGGUGAAAUUGGUUGAGAAAGAUUCAACUUGAUUGGCUUCACAUUUUUCAGUUUGAAAAUUGCUGCCUGAGUGCAGCCUUAAUUAAAUACGUUUGUCAGGAAAGUCUAGGGAUUAUCAAAGCAAGCAAGACCACCUCCCAUGUUGACCAGCAAGCACUUCCAGGCAUCUGCAAUUCCCACCCAGUUUCAAUUGCCUUAUGGACAAAAGUAGAGGCAGAAACCAUGAGGCUCGAAAGUGAGGGAAUCAUCAAACCAGUCCAGUUUGCAGAAUGGGCAGCCCCUGAUCGUACCAAUUGUGAAGCCCCACAGGUUGGUUCAUCUUUGUGGAGAUUUCAAAAAAAUGGUAAACCACUUGCUGCAGCCGGAUAAAUACCCAAACUCCCACAUAGAGGAUUUAUAUACAAAGCUGGCAGGGGGGCUUUGUCCUUCACAAAGUUGAACAUGAGACAUGUGUACUUGCAAUUGUGGUUAAAUGAGGAUUUCGAAAAGUAUGUGACAAUUAAUUCCCAUAAGGGCUUGUACCAAUAUAUGAGACUGCCAUUUGAGAUAUCAUCAGCCUGUACUAUUUUUCAGUGGAUGAUGGAGAACAUUUUAUAAUGUUCUACCCCGGUGGUCAACCCGAGGUCGCUAUUUAUUUAGAUGAGGUACUAAUAACAGAGAAGGCCAAUGGAGAGCACUUCGAGAACUUGGACAUAGUCCUUAGCUGUUUCUUGCAGAUGAACAUAUGCAUUUGAAGUUAAAAAUGUGUGUUCCAGGUACAUUGGGCUACAGAAUGGCCAAGAAACAUUGGAAGAUAACGUGAGGAUGAACAUAAGUGCUGGGCUCCCAUGUCAAUACUGGAGGUUAGGUCUUUCCUUGGAUUGCUGCUCAGUGUCCCUGGUGUGAGAGAGACAGUGAAGCAGCAGGAGCAGUCACUCUGCAUUGAGGUGCUGACAGCGGGAGAACUUCACUGAUAAACCCUCCUUCAAGGAAGCAGCACAGGAGAAAACCGAACACAACCAAAGACAAAGAAGUGACAUCGUGGGAGGAGCUACGACCCUCUGGCCCCUCCCCCCGGUGAGGAGGGUUCUCUGGAAUCACUGGGCAGUCAGACGGGGAAAGUAGUGAGAGACACAGAAGGAGGAUGGGAGGAGCCAGCUCCAGAGAUCAAGAAGCUGAAACUUCAUACUGUUUGGAAAAUGAAACCGUGGAAUCUUCAAACUCUUCGUUCUUCACUGAUGAAGAACUCGCUAAACUCAAGUCUGAUUAUGACACGGGUGGAGUGGAAAAGGUUAAAACAGUGGUACAGCAGAAAGUAACUGAACUGGACAAUACAGAGCUCAAUGUUGCAGUAACAGGACAAUCAGGUGCCGGGAAAUCUUCCUUCAUCAAUGCGAUGAGAGGACUUCGGUCUGUUGAUGAGGGAGCAGCUGAAGUUGGUACCGUAGAGACCACAAUGGAGCCAACAAGAUACAAACAUCCCAACCUGCCGAAUGUUUGUUUCUGGGAUCUGCCAGGAAUUGGAUCCCUGGAAAUGCCACUGAAUAAAUACCUGAAGAAAAUGAAAUUUAAAAAAUAUGAUUUUGUCGUUAUUAUCUCAGCCUGUCGAUUCACAGAAAAUGACUCAAAACUUGCCAAAGAGAUCAAACGGCUCGGGAAGAAUUUCUAUUUUGUUCGAUCUAAAAUUGAUAAUGAUCUUGAUUCAAAGAGAAAGGGAGGGGGACAAUUUAAUGAAGAGGAACAACUCGAGAAGAUCAGAAAUGACUGUGUCAGUAAGCUGCAAAGGACAGGGAUCCCAUCACCCAGUGUGUUCCUGAUAUCAAACUUUGACCUGAAUCUGUAUGAUUUUAGUCUGUUAAAUAAAGCUCUGGAAGGUGACCUAACAAAUAUUAUGAAAAAUAUGUACAUCCUCGCCCUCCCAAACUUAAACUCAGAGAUUGUGGAGAAGAAAAGGAAAGAGCUAAGGAAACGAAUCUGGAUGUUGGCGAUACUUUCUGGGGUAAUUGGGGUGGUUCCUGAUGUCUCCCUGGGCUGUGACACUGGGAUAGUAAUUGGAGGAAUAGUACAUUUCCGUCAAUGUCUGGGUCUGGAUGAUUCCUCUCUUCAAAGUCUGGCCAAGAGGGCAGGGAAACCUGUGGAGGAUCUGAAAGCAGUGGUGACAACUCCCCUGGUCGGGGGGGAGAUAACCCCCGAUGUCAUAAAUAGAUUGGCCUGGGGUGCUGCUGCUGUCACCAUUUCAGCAAUCGAGCUCACAGUUUGCUUCAUCCCAGUGAUUGGUUCCAUCUUCGGAGUAGGCUCUUCGUUCCUUAUGACCUACAAACUGCUGAGUGCUGCACUGGAUGAUCUUACAGAGAGUGCACAGAAAGUGGUGGCGGCUGCAUUUGGGACCAAAAAUGAUCCAAACCAAACAUCAGCGCAGUGAGUGAAUACUGCAGCUGAUGGAUAAAUGGGAUCGAGCCCUCAGCAUUGAUGCAAGUCUGCUCUAAAAUAUUCCUUUGUGACUGAACUCAUUUGUGAAAAUAUUCCUCCCUGACAUCAAGGAAAUGUUAUUGCAGCACAAUAUAUUUUUCGGCGUGUAAGUUAAGGAGAAUUUAAGAUUCCAAUUAAUUUCAUGUCUUCCCUGCGCCCAGGCUGCCCCUUCAUUAAAUACAAAUUUAAAUAAAUGUUCCUUUGCUGCUGGAAUCAUCAAGCACAGGAUGCAUCCAUUCAGCACCGCAUUCCUGUGGUCAGAAAUAUCUGUGUGUCCACUUUCACAGUGACGGAUUCAGUUCCAACACUCAGCUCCUUCUUUGUAAUGGUGUCUUCUAAAAUAUGACAACAGCAUUAUGACUGAAAUGGACUCCUACAAAAAGAAAACUCACUGGGACUGUGUUUCAUUUUUGAUUAUGGGUAAUUUCCACAUUGGUCCCUUUUUCCAUC